AAAAUACCAAUCCACCCCAUGUAAAAUUGAUUGAAGAAAAAUAAAACAUAACAAUCUUUUUAUUCCCCAUUUUGUUCAAACAAUGAAUAUGCUCAAAACUUGUGGAGAAAAUUACCAUCAAUUAGUACCAUCAUUUAUAAGUUCCAAAUAUCAAAAUGCAAAUGCUAAUUAUGUUGUAGAACCAUUAAAAUUUGCUUAUAGAAAAAAGCAAAUGCAAAGCUUAGUAGUGAAAGCAAAUAAUGGUGAAAGGCGUACCUUUUUGACACUAGAAGAAGCUGGCCUUGUUGAAGUGUCCGGCCUCAGCACUCAUGAACGUUUUCUAUGUCGAUUGACGAUUUCAUCUCUCAAUUUAUUAAAAGUGAUAGGAGAACAAGAAGGUUGUUCAAUUGAAGAGUUAAAUGCUGGGAAAAUAUGUGAUUGGUUCUUGAAAGAUAAGCUUAAAAGAGAACAAAAUUUGGAUUCUGCUGUACUUCAAUGGGAUGAAUCUGAUUUCCAACUAUAAUUCUCCCUCUAUUGAAAGUAAUUAUUUAAAAAUAUAAAAAUGAACAAAACACUAAUUCUUUUCCCUUAAUAAUACUCCUUGCUUCCUUUUUUAUGUAGUAACGCUUAUUUAUUUUCAAUGUCUGAAUCUUAUAUGCUAUGUUUGAAUUAAGUUGUGGACAA